ACCCCCCCUCGUGUACUCAUUUUGUCCUCCUUUCUUUCUUUCUUUCAUGCUAAAACUAAGCCAUGGAACCACCCCCAAAAGGCCUAACCCCAGAAGAGUACAAGGGCCUCAACCCUCUCAUUCACACAUACCACAAAUUCCAACCAUCACCAAACACAUGCACAUCCCUAAUCACACAUCGAAUAGACGCCCCGGCCAAAGCCGUCUGGCCUCUCGUUAGGAGCUUUGAGAAUCCACACAAAUACAAGCACUUCAUCAAGUCUUGCAACAUGAGGGCUGGUGAUGGUGGUGUAGGCAGCAUAAGAGAGGUGACCGUGGUUUCCGGGCUACCGGCCUCGAAGAGCACGGAAAGGCUGGAGAUUUUGGAUGAUGAGAAGCACAUAUUGAGCUUUAGAGUUGUUGGGGGUGAACACAGGCUUAACAAUUAUAAGUCUGUGACUUCUGUUAAUGAAUUUAACAAGGAGGAUGGGAUGGUUUACACCAUUGUUUUGGAGUCCUAUGUUGUUGAUAUACCAGAAGGGAAUACUAAGGAGGAUACUAAGAUGUUUGUGGACACUGUUGUCAACUUGAAUCUUCAAAAGCUUGGUGUUGUGGCAAUGGCUUCUCUCCAUGGAAAUGAUUGAAUAUUAAUGAAUGGUAUGGUGGGUAUGGAUUUAAAUUUCAUUUCUUUUUUGGGUAUUUUCUAGUGGGUUAGAGAGUUGGGAUUGGUUGGUUUGUGAAUAUUGGUUGAAUUUGAUACAAUAUUGUAUGAUCUUGUUAUUGAUCAAAUGUUAUGGGUUUUGGAUUUAAUAAAUAUAUU